UUCAUUUUUUUUAUUCGCCAAGUAGAAAGAGGCCGUAGUUCACUUGUUCUUCUUCCUUAUUAGGGCACAUCCUUCUCUCUAUCUGCACACACUCAAAUAUGCAAAAUCCUCAAUCUGCUUUUCAAUGGUGGCCAUUAAACCCUAACCAGGGAUCUGAAUGAACACUUGAUCUGUCGUGGAUCAAAAUAUAGCAUAGCGUUUUCAGGGGUGGAUUGGAAUCGAAGAUUUUGUGUUGUUUGAACUUUACGGAUUGUUUUCGAGUGAGUUCUGAAUUCUGUGUUCGAUCUGAUUUAUUUUGGAAUAUAAAAAAUGGAGCCUACGGAGGUUAAAAAGAGGGGUCGAGGUCGACCAAGGAAACGGAGGCCAGAAGAAGAUGAAAUUGAUGAAAAGGUGGGAUUCGCUAUUAAGAAGCAGGCCUUAGAAAUGAGAUGGAAGCCGCUUGUGGGUAGAUAUUUAUUGAAAGAAUUUGAUGGUAAUGGGACUUUUCUGGGGAAAAUAGUUUCCUAUGACACUGGGUUAUAUAGAGUAGAUUAUGAGGAUGGGGAUAGUGAGGAUUUGGAGAGUGGUGACCUCCGUCAGUUAAUUUUAGGUGAUGAUGAUUUUGAUGAUGUUUUGAAUGAAAGAAAGAAGAAAUUAGAUCAAUUAGUGUUAGAAAAGAGUUUAAAGAAUAAGAAGAACUUGGAGAAGGAAGUAGCUAAAUUGAAAAAUGAAGUGGAUAAGGUUGAAACGUCUGCAAUAACUGAUUUGAGUGGUCAAGCUGCAGUUGAGAAUGAUGAGGAACAAGGUGAGGGGGAUGCAGAUUCCUCGAGUGAUUCAUGUGAGUAUGCACUAGAGGGGGGUUGGGAACCCGAGGCAAAGAUACCAACUGUACCACCCCCACAAUUGCCCCCGUCAUCUGGGACUGUAGGUGUGCCAGAGGAAUGUGUUUCGCUUAUUUUCUCAGUGUAUGGAUUCUUGAGGUCAUUUAAUGUCUGCCUUUUCUUGAGUCCAUUUACAUUGGAUGAUUUGGUUGGGGCAGUUAACUGUAAUGUUCAGAACACACUGCUGGAUGCCAUUCACGUGGCUUUGAUGCAUGCACUGAGACGUCAUCUUGAGACAAUCUCUUCAGACGGUUCAGAUAUUGCAUCAAAGUGCUUGAGGUGCGUGGAUUGGAGCUUGCUGGAUUCACUCACCUGGCCUGUUUAUUUGGUCCGUUAUUUUACAGUAAUGGGAUAUGCAAAGGGACCAGAGUGGAAGGGCUUUUAUGAUGAUCUGUUGAACAAGGAGUAUUAUUCCUUACCAGUUAGUAGGAAGCUGACGAUUCUGCAAAUUCUGUGUGAUGAUGUCUUGGAUUGUGCAGAGAUAAGAGCAGAAAUUGAUAUGCGGGAAGAAUCAGAAGUUGGAAUAGAUCCUGAUGCAUUUGUAACCAAUCUUCCUGAAAAUGGACCAAGAAGGGUUCAUCCCAGAUAUUCCAAGACUUCAGCAUGCAAAGACAGGGAGGGUAUGGAGAUUAUUGCCGAAAGCCAUGGAACUAUGUCUUCUUGUAGUUCAAAGAAUUUGGGGUUCAAAGGUUCUAAAUUGGAGGGAGAUGGUCCUGGUGUUGAUGGAGACAGCAACAAUGAUGAAUGCCGUCUUUGCGGCAUGGAUGGGACCUUGCUUUGUUGUGACGGUUGCCCGUCAGCAUAUCAUUCCAGAUGCAUAGGUGUUGUCAAAAUGUAUAUACCAGAAGGGCCAUGGUAUUGUCCAGAGUGCACGAUUAACAAGCUGGGACCUACUGUUGUCAUGGGAACCUCACUUAGAGGAGCAGAAAUAUUUGGUGUUGAUUUGUAUGAGCAACUCUUCUUGGGUACUUGCAAUCACUUACUGGUGAUCAGAUCUUCAAUUGGUGCUGAACCAUGUCUGAGAUACUAUAGUCAGAAGGAUAUACCAAAGGUGCUGCAAGUUCUUUCUUCAUCUGUGCAGCAUAAAUCCUUAUAUUUGGAGAUAUCUAAGGCAAUUGCAGAGUAUUGGAAAAUUCCGGAAACUGCCUUCUUCCCUUUCGAGACAAUGGAAAGAAAUUUAAUAAUACCAUCUAUAAAUGAAGAUGAAAAAUAUUCUACUUUAUCAGUUCCCUUUGCUUUCAAAGAAAAACAUAAAGUUGCUCAUGCUGGUGAGGCCGAGGAUGUGAUUAGUUUAAAUGCAAGUAAUGUAGAUAGUGUGGUAGUCUCAUGUCUUGAUCCCUCCAUCAAUACAACAAUACAAGCUCAACCUCAUGGUAUCCUGAGCAAUGGUGAUGCAAAAAAUUGCCAUCUCCUGAGUAUGAGAUUAAUGGAGCAGAUUAAAGUGGAGUCUACUAGUUCAGUUAACCAGACGAUUGAUCCAUCAGAUGUAGCUCGCCAUAGUUUUGUUGACAGAUCAAGUAUGAUAACUAGUUGCACCUCAGCAAACAGUGAUGGAAACCAUAUUGGACAUGGGAAUGCUACUUCUUUACCAGCAAUUUCUGAAAGCAAGGAAAGCAAUCAUGAAGUCUUUGGAGGGGUUGACAGAAAUUUGAUGGAUAAUGUUGUGUAUGUGGGUACCUUUUUUAAGCCUUACUCUUACAUAAAUCACUACGUGCAUGGUUAUUUUGCAGCAUCAGCUGCUGCUAAUCUAGCUGUUCUUUCAUCUGAGGGAAGUCGUGUUUCAGAUACUCAUAAAUCAGCCAAUGCCAGGAAGAUCAUCUCUGACAUGUCAUUGCAAAUAAAAGCAUUUUCAACAGCAGCCUCUCGUUUUUUCUGGCCAAGUUUGGAAAAGAAGCUUGUUGAGGUGCCAAGGGAGAGGUGUGGCUGGUGUCAUUCUUGUAAGCUCCCUUCUAACAACAGAAGAGGAUGUAUGUUAAACUCAGCUGCCUUGACUGCCACCAAAGGUACUUUGAAGAUCCUCAAUGGCCUUCGUCCUAUAAUGAGUGGAGAGGGCAGUCUUCCUAGUAUUUCAACAUAUAUUUUGUACAUGGGGGAGGUUCUAUGUGGUAUUACAGGGGGCCCCUUCAUGAGCACAAGUUUUAGAAAACAGUGGCGAAAACAAAUAGAAGAUGCCUCAACUUUCAGUGCAAUAAAAGGCCCCUUGCUUGAACUUGAGGAAAAUAUCCGCACUAUUGCUCUUUUUGGUGACUGGGCUAAGGCAAUGGAUGACUGGUUGGUUGAUUCUCCUGUGAUUCAAUGUUCUACAAGCACCAUUGGGACCACACAAAAACGUGGACCGGGUGGGAAGCGACAUAGGAAACAAUCUGGUAUGUCUGACAUUAGAGAUGGUGGUUCUGAUGACAAAAGUUUUGUCUGGUGGCGAGGGGGGAAGCUACUAAAGCAUGUGUUCCUUAAAGCAAGUUUGCCUCAGCCAGUGGUUAGAAGGGCAGCUAGACAAGGUGGUUCAAGAAAGAUUUCUGGUGUGUAUUAUGCUGAUGAUUCUCAGCUUCCUAUCAGAAGUAGACAGAUGGUUUGGAGAGCUGCAGUUGAGAAGAGUAAGAAUGCAUCACAGCUAGCUCUUCAGGUUAGAUACCUAGACAUUCAUGUGAGGUGGAAUGAUCUUGUUCGUCCUGAUCAGAGUCUUCAGGAUGGGAAAGGUCCAGAGACAGAAGCCUCCUUCUUUAGAAACGCUAUCAUUUGUGAUAAGAAAACUGAUGAUAGCAAGGUUAAAUAUGGAGUAGCUUUUGGGAAUCAAAAACAUCUCCCUUCCCGCAUCAUGAAGAAUAUAAUUGAAGUAGAGCAAAGUGCAGAUGGAAAGGAGAAAUACUGGUUUUUUGAAACACAUGUUCCUCUAUAUUUGAUCAAAGAGUAUGAAGAAAAGGUUGACAAGGUGUUUUUGCCAUCGGCUAAUAAAUCUUUGAAUGAACUAUCUGAGUUACAGAGAAGGCAACUGAAAGCUUCCCGCAGGGAUAUAUUUUUAUAUCUUGCUAAUAAGAGAGAUAAAUUGGAGAGAUGCUCUUGUGCAUCAUGCCAACAGGAUGUCUUACUUAGGAAUACAGUCAAGUGCAGUGAUUGCCAAGGCUAUUGUCAUAAAGACUGCACUAUAGGUACAAGAGGUUAUAUGAAUGAGGAAGUUGAAUUCAUGAUUACCUGCAAGCAGUGUUACAAUGCCAAAGCUGUUUCUCUUGAAAACAGUAAUGAGUCUCCGACUACUCCCUUGCCCUUCCAAGGGCAAGAUCCUCAUAAUAUACCGACAGCCACCAAAAUCACAAGGAUUAAAUUUCGUAAUCAACCACUAGUGUCUAUCAGAACCCAAGAGAGCAGUUCUGAGAUGAAACAAACUACUCCUAGUUUGGCAUCAAAAAACCGAAAUAGAUUAUGUAGUUGGGGUGUCAUUUGGAUGAAAAAGAACAUUGACACGGGAAUUGAUUUCAGGCGUGAGAACAUUCUUCUCAAGGGAAAUUCAGAGAGUUUGAAGCCUGUUUGUAAUCUUUGCAAAAAGCCAUAUAAUCGUGAUCUGAUGUAUAUCCAUUGUGAAACUUGCAACAGUUGGUUUCAUGCUGAAGCUGUAGGACUUGAUGAGUCAAAACUUUCAGAUGUGGUGGGAUUCAAAUGUUGCAGGUGUCGUAGAAUAAAAUCACCUAAGUGUCCUUAUGAUAACCCUGAAGAUGAGAAGCCAGUGAGCCAUAAGCCAGGUGAGAGGGUGUUGAAGAAAGGUCAUAUAAGAGUUGGCAAUGAUUCUGGAACUGUUGUCAGAUCUAAAAUGUGUGAGCCCACUACUCCGAUGUUUCCCAUGGAGGAAGUGUUGGUGCAAGAAGAUGAUUCGCUGUUGUCCGUUUCUAGAUUUGAACAAGUAACGGACAACAAUUCUAGAGCAGAGCUUGAGUGGAAUGCUGCUGGACAGGGACCGCAGAAGCUACCAGUCAGAAGGCAUACAAAGCCUCAAUUAAAUUCUGAAGAUAUGUUUGAGAACAACCACCUUGCAGAAUCAUGUGUGCCGGUUGACAGGAAUAACCUCAUGAACCCUAAAGAGGAGUUACCUUCUUGUGCGGAGUGGGAUGUUUCCAAUUGUCUUGAAGGAGAGGUGAUGUUUGACUAUGAAGGUAUGAACUAUGAGGAUAUGGAGUUUGAACCUCAGACGUACUUCUCUUUUACAGAGUUGCUGGCAUCUGAUGACAGUGGCCAGUUGGAUGGGUUUGAUGCUUCAGUGAAUGUUUUAGGAAACUCAGAAAAUCAGUCUUGUACAGUUUCACAUGAUGGAUUUCUUGAACAAAGCGCGAUGGAUAUAUCUGUUGAUCAGCAGGAACUGGUGAGUGCUCCCCAGUCAACCAUUAAUACUAAGCAAUGUAAGAUGUGUUUACACUCGGAACCAGUCCCUGAUCUUUCAUGUGAGAUUUGCAACUUGGUGAUACACAGUCAUUGUUCUCCUUGGGUAGAGUCCUCAUCUCCAGAAGGCACCUGGAGCUGUGGUAAUUGCAGAGAAUGGCGGUAGGCUACUCCAACGUUGUUGUCUCAUUGAGCGUGGGGUUUUUGGCUGGACACGGUGAUGCAAUAGAGAAGUUAUAUUGGACAAGGGCUGUGAACUAAAACCAUACUUGACUAGCAUAUUGAGGUUGUGCAUAUUAAUGGAAAAGAUGAUGAUGGACUAUUUUGAUUCUUCGUGACUGAGGUUGCUUUUGUAAAAUGUGGACUGGGGAUGAGGUGGAUACUUCAGGGCAGAGUUUCUCCCCUUUAAUUCUACUUACAGAAUCAAAAUCCUAUGUGAAGUCCCGACUAUUUUUUACUGGGAUCUAAUUGGUUCGCUUCACAACCUCGCAGAUAGUUCCCUUCAUGGGAGAUAAGCAGGUGUUUUUUUUUACUUGUGCUUAUCUGAUUUACCUUGCUUGUAUAGAUCACGUUUGCAGCCCAUUUUUUUUUUCCCCAUGAGAUCAGCUUUUUAGAAGAAUUUUAUGAGAUAAAGUUCAAAAGCAUGAUUUCUACAUUAUUUUUGUGGAGCUUUUGGAAUGUGCCUAAAUAAAUUUAAUGAUUAGGUGGAGACGUAUUCACAGA